AUGAUGGCUGGCACUUGUGGAGAACAUAGCAACUCAAAUGGAAGCUAUGGAGAAGAGUAUGAUCGCACCAACCGGAGCUCGACCCACCACUCGAUCGAGUCAGACGAAAAGUUGAGAAAAGAUGUUAAGGCAUUGAAUGAGAAGUUGGAUAAGCUGAUCCUAGCUCAGUCCACAAUGAAGAAAGUCAACUUUGUGUCUGCUGAGGAGAUGGAACCAGUCCAAGAAGGGGAGGAUACACAAUUUGCUGAGGUGUGCUACAUGAGCAAUGGGCAAGGAGGUUACAACAAAGGAUACUAUAAUUACAAGUCCAACCCUGCCAUGUCAUACCGCAACACUGAUGUUGCUAACCCUCAGGACCAAGUAUAUCCUCAACAACAAGCAGCUCGAUCGAGUCAGGUGCCACAACAUGGCAUGCUAAAGCAACUACUUCAAGGGCAAGCUGAUGGGGUAGUGGACACAAGCAAGAAGCUAGCUGAAAUAAACUCUAAGAUCGAGAACCUCAACACAAGGGUUUACUCUCUGGAGAAUCAUGCUUCUUCUGUUGCUGCUGCUACAAAGCAAGGACAACUACCUGGUAAAGCUAUUCAGAACCCCAAGGAACAGUGCAAGGUCAUCUUCACUCAAGAAGGACUUGUUGAAGAAGAGGAUCAAGAAAGGGUCAUUGAAGAUUUUUGUUUACUGCUGAAUGAUGAAGAGAUUGUUGCUGCUGAGGCUCCUGGAGUCCAGAUUGAUCAACCAGAAGUGCAGGCACCUACUGUGGCCAUUCACACUUCACCAGUUGAGCUCGCACGACAAGCUCGAUCGGCAGCUCGAUCGAGUCCAACUCUAGCUCGAUCGAGUCCGACCUCUUCAGUCCGCAAACCAGUUUUGCUUGAUCCUUACCAGCCAGUUGCGCUUCCUCGUCUCGCCUACUUAGUCAAGGUCACAAGGAAGUGA